AUGGACAUCCUCACUCUCUUCUGCACCGCCUCCCUCCUCUUCGGCGGCCUCUACUGGUUCGUCUGCGUCCUUGGCUCCGCCGAACAAAAGGGCAAGCACGCCGUUCACCUCUCCGGCGGCUCAAUCUCUCACGAGAAGGUCCAAGACAAUUACAAUCAGUACUGGUCCUUCUUUCGCAGUCCCAAAGAAAUCGAGACCGCCGAGAAAGUCCCGGCCUUCGUCGACACAUUCUACAAUCUCGUUACCGAUAUUUACGAGUGGGGUUGGGGCCAAUCAUUCCACUUCUCCCCAUCAAUCCCUGGCAAAUCUCACCGCGAUGCAACACGAAUCCAUGAAGAAAUGGCCGUAGAUCUUCUAAAUAUCAAGCCCGGUGCGCGCAUUCUCGAUGCUGGUUGUGGCGUUGGUGGUCCGAUGCGCGCAAUUGCUGCGCAUUCGGGGGCAAAUGUAGUUGGCAUCACCAUCAAUGAGUACCAAGUAAAUCGGGCUCGUACGCACAACAAGAAAGCCGGUCUUGAUUCCCAAUGUGAAGUUGUGUGUGGCAAUUUUAUCCAAAUGCCAUUCGCCGACUGUAGCUUCGAUGGAGCUUACUCAAUCGAAGCCACCUGUCACGCUCCAAAGCUGGAAGAGGUGUAUGCUGAAAUCUAUAGGGUUUUGAAGCCUGGAUCUAUGUAUGUUUCCUACGAAUGGGUUACCACGGAAUUGUAUAAUGCUGAUGAUCCUGAGGAUGUUGAGGUUAUUCAGGGGAUUGAACGAGGUGAUGCAUUGCCUGGGUUGAGAAGUUACAAAGAUAUUGCUGAGGUUGCUAGGAAAGUAGGGUUUGAGGUGGUGAAGGAAAAAGAUUUGGCGAAGCCACCGGCACAGCCAUGGUGGACAAGGCUGAAGAUGGGGAGGAUUGCUUAUUGGAGGAACCACAUUUUGGUCACGGUGCUGGCAUGGUUGGGGAUUGCGCCGAAAGGGGUUGUGGAUGUCCACGAAAUGCUUUUUGUGACGGCGGAUUAUCUAACUAGAGGCGGUGACACCGGGAUUUUCACUCCUAUGCACAUGAUUCUUUGCAGAAAGCCCGAAAAGAAGUCUUCGGCUGCGGAUUAG